CUAAAAAUAUGUAAUGAAAAUCAUAACUUAUUAUAAAUCAUGUAUAAAUAAGGCAAUGACAUUUCAAUUUACAGAACACAAAGGGGCAAGAAUUGAUUUUGAUUUUGGGCGAAAAACAUGUGUGACACAAGAGGUAAAAAGCGAGCUUUCAUUACGAUUUCAUCGGACAAAGACGACGAUGAUUGUUAUCAAGACAUUAGCAGCUCCACUUCCUGUGAUGAUGAUGAUGAUAAUGUUGGUGAUGAAGAGAGUGGCUCUGAGUUCGAGGAAGAUGUUUUGGAUUCUUCAGCAGCUUCUGAUGAUGAUAAUUUUUGCAAUGCUGAUGAUGGAGUGGACAAGGAAGGGGAUAUCUGCAACAAAGUGACUCGCCUACUCGAAGAAGGGAGUCAGUUAGAAGAGCUAAAUCUAUUUGAGUGCAAAACUUAUUUGCGGAAACUUAAACUGAGAUUGUCUGGCACUAAGGCAGAGUGCAUUAACAGAAUCAAAGAGUAUUGGAGGAUUAAAGAUGGAAAUGGUGAAGCCCUAUAUCCUAGAUCAUCCUUUGACAUUAACUGCACCGGUGAUGUUUGUAAAGGUGACAUUGUUUUGUUUACGCAGAAAGUAUACCAGAAGUUUGACAAAAUGAGGCGGAGUGGCAAUAUUCUAGGGAAGAGAACUAUUGCAGGCAGAAUUACCAAGGAAAGUUAUGGUGCAGCCAAGCAGCAACAUACAUUCACGGUGGAAGUGUUUUGGAGUAAAGGGAUUAAGAAACUGGCUCCUCUUUCUCCGUUGCUUGUAAAGGGUCGAAAUCUCUAUAAGAUGAGGACAUACAGACGGUGUUGGAAGAAUGAAUCAGAAAGAUUGGUAGUACUUGCUGAAAAACAUAAACGGGGAGCUGCAGCAAGAGAAGUGAGAGCUAGGAAGAAAUUGAAGAGAUCUUCUACAAAAGCCAGUAAAAAGGAACUGAGGAUUGGAGGAGGCGAAAAUUGUCAGAAGGCAUUCAACUAUCAACUAUCUCAAACAAGUCAGAGUAUUGACGCUGACAAAACAAGGGGUGUUCGCCAACAUCAAUACACUCAACUAAGGAAUGUCAUGGAAAAUGAUCACCAUAAGAACUCUCUUAGCAUUGGACGAAGGGAAUCAAAUCAAUUAAAUCAGUCAAGAAAAUGUGAGCCUGUCAGGAGGCACCAAAAUUUCAAUCACCAUAAUAAAGUCAGAGAUCCCAUAUAUCAGUCAUACACUACUAGUUCCCGAGAUUAUUACCAUACUCGAACAGAAUAUGAACGUCAAAGAGCUCAUUUAGGUUAUCCUUUUGAAAGGACUCAUACGAGGUUACCUCAUUCUAGGCCUUAUGGUGAUGAUCAUACUUUUACUGUAGUGGAGCAUCAGAGGAACAACAAUGGCACUUAUCCUCACUACACUGAUCCAAAUCCUAAUUAUGAUCUUGGCGCAAGGAGUUCCAGCAGAUUGCCCGACUCAAUGAACACCUUCAGACCUUCCCAUCCUUUACCAUACAGAACAUAUGCUUAUGUACACGGGAGAAGAGGAACUUAGGAUUUUGAAUGUGUUUUAAUGUAUGUAUAGACUAUAGUAUUAGAAUUUAAAGCAGCAAACUGGAAAUGCUACUUCCCUUUAGGAAUGUUCGAAGUUUUGACCAUUCAUGAUAUUUUUGGUUUUAGAGUUCCUAGAUUUGUAUCUAGCUUUUGUUGAAGGAAAAUCUUGUUUGAUUACUUCAUGUCAACAAUGUUGUCUUGUACCGUGA